GAAGACGCUCACUUCCGGCGGAAGGAGGCUUUUCUGGAGGGAUGGAGGAGGCAGAGGAGCUGCUCUCCGGGGGCGAGAGACUGCAGUGCGCCCCCGAUCCGCGCCUGGGCCCGGAAUUAGGAUGGAUCCCUUCUGGACAAGGCUUUGCUCGAGGCCUCAAAGAUUUCCCGCCCGGGCCGACCCGGGCCUUCCUCGCUCUAAAGAGCCUUCCCCGGGGCUUGGCCCUUGGCCCUUCACUCGCCGAGGAACCGUGUUUGGGGGUCUGGUGUGUCGGGGAGCCCCUGCAGCCGGGACUGCUCUGGGGGCCUCUGGAAGAGGAGUCUGUCUCCAAGCAGAAGGAGGAAGGAGUGAAACUACGGCUGGAGGAGGACGUGUCACUAGGCCCAUGGGGAGACGUGUGUGCUUGUGAGCAGAGUUCAGGCUGGAUCAGUCUGGUGCAGCAGGGCAGGCUGGAAGGUGAGGGAAACGUAGCCCUGGUGCGGAUCAACGAGAAGCUCCAUCUGCAGGUGUACCAGGUUGUGCUGCCAGGCUUUGAGUUGCUGCUGUGGCCCCAGCCUCCCUCUGAUGGCCUGAGCCCCACCCAGCCCAGGCUAGAAGAAGAGGCAGCCAUGGCUGUGGUGACCGAAGUGGACUCCGCUUCACAGCAGGAAGUGGACUCCCCUGGGGAGGAUGCAGCAGAACGUUGGACAGAUCCCGGUCACCAGUCACCCCCCAGCAUCCAGGCAGAGAAUAUGGUAAGCCCCGGACCUAAGCCUCAAACCCAGGAUCAACUUCCCGAGGAGAGCCAACCACUUGGCCUGCUCCCUCGGGGUGGCAGCAUGGAUGAGGAGGAUCCACCCCAGACACAGAUGUCACCUGAACCUCAGAGCAGCUCCACUACCCAGCAGGGCCCAGAGAGUAGUGAGGCCAGUUCCUCGUCUUCUGCCAGGGCCACCCACCUGCAUGCUUACCUGGUCAAGAAGUUAUGUGGCCCCAGUGAGCAGUGCCCACCCAGAGCAAAGACCUCGGAGUUCAGGGCCCAGCAGGCUGGGGAGCAGCAACAGGCCGGCCUCCCUGCAUGCUUGCGGAGCCCUCCUGGCCCAGGAGGAAGCCCCCCAAAACAGAGACGACGGUACCGGUGUGGGGAGUGUGGCAAAGCCUUCCUGCAGCUGUGCCACCUGAAGAAGCAUGCGUUCGUGCACACAGGCCACAAACCCUUCCUUUGCACUGAGUGUGGCAAGAGCUAUAGCUCAGAGGAGAGCUUCAAAGCCCAUAUGCUGGGCCACCGCGGAGUGCGACCCUUUCCUUGCCCACAAUGCGACAAGGCCUACGGCACCCGGCGAGACCUCAAAGAGCACCAGGUGGUACAUUCAGGUGCCAGGCCCUUUGCCUGUGACCAGUGUGGCAAGGCCUUUGCCCGCCGGCCCUCCCUGCGACUGCAUCGCAAGACCCACCAGGUGCCGGCGGCCCCUGCCCCGUGCCCGUGCCCUGUGUGUGGGCGCCCCCUGGCCAACCAGGGCUCUCUGCGCAACCACAUGCGACUCCACACAGGAGAAAAGCCCUUCCUGUGCCCACACUGUGGCAGGGCGUUCCGCCAGCGGGGCACCCUGCGUGGUCACUUGCGGCUGCACACAGGGGAGCGUCCUUACCGCUGCCCGCACUGUGCCGAUGCCUUUCCGCAGCUGCCUGAGCUGCGGCGCCAUCUUAUCUCUCACACCGGGGAGGCCUACUUGUGCCCUGUGUGUGGGAAGGCCCUCCGAGACCCACAUACACUGCGUGCUCAUGAGCGUCUGCACUCAGGGGAGAGGCCCUUCCCGUGCCCCCAGUGUGGCCGUGCUUACACACUGGCCACCAAGCUGAGGCGCCACCUCAAGUCCCACCUGGCCGACAAGCCCUAUCGCUGUCCCACCUGUGGCAUGGGCUACACCCUCCCUCAGAGCCUCAAGCGGCACCAGCUCAGUCACCAGCCUGGGGCACCCUCCAGCCCACCCAGUGUGCCACCUGCUGCUUCCGAGCCCACCGUGGUACUGGUGCAGACUGAGCCAGAACUGCUAGAUACAUGCAGCGAACAGGACGUCUCCCCAGCCCGGGACGUCUUCGAGGUCACCAUUUCUGGGAGCCAGGAGAAGUGCUUUGUGGUGCCUGAGGAGCCAGGCCCCGCCUCCAGCCUGGUGCUCAUUCAUAAGGACAUGGGCUUUAGUGCCUGGGCAGAAGUGGUGGAGGUGGAGACGGGCACCCGACCCCCUCACCUCCUUCAGCAGAGUUUUAUAUAAAGCUAGUGUUUUCUAGCUGCCAGGCGCCUGCGUCUUUCUCUUUGGGUUGCCUGACGGAGUCUAGUCUAUUCUGAGAAGCAGAUCGGGGAUUUCCCUUCCUGUUUAUGGACCACCACAUUGUUUCCCAAGACCGUAAGGUAAACCUGUUCUAGAUUUAAGAGCUUUUUACUGCCUUCCGGUAGAGCAUGUUCUACCUCCUUCACCAGGAACUGCUCAGGGUGCUUGUUCUUUAAACACAACGGAAGUGACCCCACGCAGUGAGGUAGUCAGGGAGCUGGCAGCAGGACUGCCCUGCCCGGGUGCUUAGUGCUGGCAUCAUCGCUCCCCCGAGCUCCCUGAGGGACAGGCACUUUCAUCUAGAACUAGACGGAAUGAUUGGAGGGUUAAAAUGCCAGAGGCUGAGCUCAGCUCAUAGUUCCCUCUAACUCAGGCUGUAGGUGGUUUUGGCAAACUUUUUCACCAUCUAGGGGCUGUGAAGUUGGUUUUCUUUCUGUGCUGAUAGACACCAGACUCACUGGAGGCAGCUAGGGCCAGAUCUGAACCCUUCUGUGGGCUUGGGCCACCCAAGAAAGAGUCUGCUCACAGACUCACAUCCUGAUGUGCAUAGACCAUAAACCAGCACCCUGGGUGCCGGGAUACAGCUGUGAGCAAGACUGAGGCGAUGCCUUUUACAGAUGGGCAUCGGGGACAGUGUCCGCAAGGAAUAAUAAUGAUUAAAUAAACACUCCACCCUGAUUGUGGGCCACGUUCUUUGAGUUUAUAUGAUCCUCGUGGCAACCUGUGCAGUCGGUAGUGGUAGCAUUCUGGUCUUACAAGUGAGGAAGCAGCUUUAAGUGUCCUACUCAAGGUGGCACGGCUGCUAGGCUGCAGAGCUGAGACUCGGACCCUCCUGGCCCAGUGCUGGAGUAAGGCUGUUAACCCUGGCACUGCUGUGAUCUGGCGGAUGGGAGGGUGCGAGAGAGAGUGGGGGUGCGGGGGGCUGUGUGUGUGAAAAAGCCCUGGAGUGAGAGUCUGGUGACGUCAACAACAGACCAGUGUGGCUGCAGCAGAGAGGGAAGGGGGCAGGGCCAGGUCACGCAGGCCUUGCUUUAGGAGUUGGGACUUUAUUCUCAAAACAUUGAGAAGCUCUUGGAAGGGUUUUGAGGAGGGGAAUGACGUGACUAGAUUUAUGUUUAAAGAGACCGCUGGAGGAACGGAUCGGCUGGCAAGGUGUGGUUGUAGGGAAAUCAGGAGGCAGCUGAGGUGGCGGGGAAUGGGGUGGUAGCAGUAGAAAUGCAGAGAAAUGGAAUUAUUUAUCUGACACAUACAUGUGCACUUUAUGUAUGCUGGUUAGGGGUGUAGUGUAGAAAGAGCCUGCUCUCAGGGUUACGUCCUGAGGAGCACAGCAGACAACAAAUACAUCCCACAUGAUAGUAAAUGCAGUGAAAAAAAGUCACGCGGGAGGAGAGGUUAAGAUGGGGAAUGUGAUUUUACAGAGGGUGGUCAGGGAAGGCUUCUAAUAACACAAACAGGAGCAGAAACCUGAACUGCGGAGAGGCGUGAGCGAGCUUGAUGUCUGCAGAAGGAGCUGGGUUCCAGGCAGAGGGAACAGUACUGGCAAGGCCCAGUGGGUUCAAGCAAGAGCAAGGAGCAGAGUGGCCAAGGCAGAGGAUGGAAAGGGGUGAGGGCAGCCUGGGGACUGUAGGCCGUGGUGAGGACUUUGGGCAGAUACAUUGCCAGAGAGGGAGAAGGGACAGAAUUCAUGAACUGAGGGGAAAAGGGAGAGCUGACGCCCCGUUUCUGAGUUAGUAUGUUGAGUGGCACUGGGAUGGGAACGAGACAGGAUUUUGGUUGAGGAGGCACCAAGUCUAAAGCGCCUGCAGUAGAGCUCACAAACCAGCUGCCAGAAGUCGGCUGAGUCGGGGGAGGAAAGUCUGCCAUAGAGGGAAUCACGGCAGGCUAGUGACAAGGUGGGCAUGGAAGCUGUGGGAGUAGCAGGAGCAGAGGGGAGAGGCGCUGCCCUCCAGGUUCACUUGCAGGGGAAAGGCUCUGCAGGGGACAUGAAAUCUGCAUCCAACCAGAUAGAAAACCCUGCAGAUUAUGUGUCAGCAGAAGUGGAGAGAAAAGCAUUUCACGAAAAAAGUGAGUAAGAAUGUCCACUGCUGUUGAGGGGGUUGAGGUUUGCGAGGUCGCUGAGGAGCUGAGUGAGGGCAGUGGGAAACCACAGUGGAUUGUUUAGGUGGCAAGAGAGGCAGGAAGAACUUAUAUUCUUGUUCCGUUCUUCUGUCCUGCAGAAUAGGUGUUGUGACCUGUGUCACAGCUGAGGAGAACUAGGGGUUGGAGAGGGUAAGUAGCUGGCCGACAUCACACAAUCCGUGAACAGCAGAGAGCCAGGAUUGAAACGUUGAGUGUUCUCUGGCUUCCCAGCACUUGACAACAACAUCACAGGCAGCCCCGUGUCUCCUGCUUUGCCACUGGCAUUUACCCAGCACCUGCCCAAUCUGAAUAACUUCUUGAUAAAGCCGCAUUGUGAAAUUAUCCAUGGGGGGUGAGGAUAGCAGGAAAUCGAGGCAAUCUGUGGAGGGAAAGAUCACACGGUCCAAGGGCUUGAAAAGUAGCAGCUAAUAUUUUAGUUUUGAGUCAGCCAACUCUUUCUUGGAGCCUGAGUGAGGCUUGGUAGUCCUAUUUUCCAGCUCCUGCUUCAGGCAGGGUCACGUCAAUUCAGGUGACUGCUUAACAGUCAGUGUCUGCCCAGUGUUUUUAGGUAUUCUGGGGACCUUCUCAUCACUUGAUACCAACCUGUGCAGGGAAGGACAUACUCAUCGCUUCGUAGUGGACUAUGUGGGCAAAUUGGGCAUGGUUUGGGUUGCUGGAGAGGCCUGUCACCCCACACCCCUGGGAUGCUUAGGCCAAAACCUGGGAUGCUCACACCCCCUACCUACAUCCCCCACACAGAUGGAGAACUUUUCUCUCCAUGAAGCCUGUCUCUAGUGAUGCAGAGCAGCAUCAGAUCAAAGGCAAUACAUCCAAAGGUACGUGAUGUGGGAACCUCUGCUCUGCCAACACUUGUGGUUAGGAGGAGAGUGGGCAUCAGAGAGCUCUGUCUGAGGUCCCAUGUUACACAUGAGGAAACAGAGGCCUCGAGACAAGUCAUUUGUCAAGGCCUGAGACCAGUUUGUAGCAGAACAAGAACAGGGCCCUGGUCUAAUCCCUAAUUUAGUGCUCUUCCAGUUAAAAUGCAGUGACUACUUGAAAAGAUUGAUCACUGGAAUAAUGCUCGUUAGGGAAAUCUUUUCCCCUGAUGUCAUAAUAAUUCUUGGUAAUCCUAAUGGUGACAUCUCUUUAUUCCCUACUUCUUUCCUCCAUUUCCAGAUAAAGUCACUUUUUAAAAAAUAAUCUUUUUAAAAAAUAUUUAUUUAUUCUGAGAGAGAGAAUUUAUUUAUUCUUGAGAGAGAGAAUCCCAAGCAGGCUCCGCACUGUCAGUGCAGAGCCUGAUGUGAGGCUCGAACCCGUGAACUGUGAGAUCAUGACCCAAGCCGAAAUCAAGAGUCAGAUGCCCAACCAACUGAGCCACCCAGGCACCCCUAGAUAAAGUCACUUAACAGUUUGGUGUACAUAGUGCUGAAUUCGAAUGCUGCUUCUAGCCAGGUGGGCAAAGGUGCUGCAAAAAUGUUGCUUGGGCACCUUACACCUGGAUGCAAGCUUAACUGAGUGGGGUCUAUAGCUAUAGAUGCUGAACCAAAAUCAAAGGUGCAGGAGAUAAAGGAUCUUUUAUCCCCACUUGCAACUUGAAUAGUAUGAGAAAAUCUUACGGUAGAAUAAAAUUUGAGUCCUGUUUAGGGACCUGCAAACCAUGCAAAGCAUCACGGACUAUAAAGAGUUCCAUCUCUAGACAGAUUCACGUGUGGCUUGUGGCUCUGCUCUUGACUAACUGCAUAAACUCAGACAAAGUACUUGACUUUUCUGUGCCUGUUUCCUCAUCCGUAAAACAGGGAUACUUAUGGUACCUACCUCAUCAGUACUAUGUACCCGGCACAUGGUGAGCAGUUAAUAAAUUAUAGCUGGUUAGUAGUAGUACUGUAAUCAGCCUUCCUAGGUUGGAAGACGAGAUUAAAGUGCUUGCAUGUUUCCCUUAGGUGUUGCUUCUUUGGGGCAGGUCAGCAUCACUCACAGUAGUUCUGUACUUUAGGUGCAUGUUCAGUGGGCGUGCUUCAUAGAACAAGUGAGGCUGUACUCUAGCAGAAUGUCAAGGGAUGAAGGUCAUGCGAGGUGAAGAACAGUGGUCUUGAGAGGCAGGGGUUCUGGCUCAUCACCAACCCUACAACCUUGAUCAAUUAGCUUGCCACCUAGGAGACUCCCUUUCCUUGGAGUGACCUGGAGAAAUUGGACCAGAUCAGUGCUUCUCAAUCUCGGCUCCAACAUUGAGCCCUUUUGCUAGCUUCUUCUAUGGACCCAAAUUUUAAAGGCUUUUAAUUAAAUAGAAAUUGACUCAUUUUUAAACACUGAUCAGAUUAAGGGGGGAAAAAAAAAGCCAAGGUAAUUAGCCACCUCAAAAGACAUAAUUUCAGCCAAAAAGGAAAAAAAUGUAUAUAUUUUUGUCUUAAGGUAAAUUUACAAUUUUUGAGGGUUUAAAAAAAAAUACACAAAAGGCCAAGGUCACCCUGUAGUAUAUGCCCAGAGCCCUAGGCUUCAAAACAUCUGGGUGUAAUGAUAUCUGACCUUCUUUCCAGCUCUGAAACUCUGUCUUGAAACAUAAUUUUACUGUUUUCAGUGAUUACAGAGCUUCACUUUACAACAUAGCAUCGGCCUUGCCCAUGAUUCUGUUUGAUGGCAGCUUGUGAGAAAUGCAACCCCUCAUCAUCGCCUUGUGCUUAGAGGGAAACACGAUCCCCUUUACAUGUGCAGGCAUGUGCUUGGGGUGAGAAGCAAGAAGGACCUUCAGUUGCAUGGUACCCGGGGAGCUGGUAGUGAACCCUGAAGCCUAAGGAUGUGCUGGGUCUUUCGGUGCUCACCCGUGGUGGUGCCACCCUGGUCUGGCAGAACUCUCGGAUCCUUCCAGAGCUACUUUCCCAGAGGGGAUUCUCUCCCUCGAUCAUCUCUGUAAAAUGGAAGGGGUAAGUGUGGUCUUCUCUCACCCAAGAAAACAGAGGCUGCUCUACUGGAACCUACUUAAUAAUACCAGCCUCCACUUACUAAAGAAUUAAGUUGACUUGUCAUUGGGAAAAUUUUGAAACACAAAAAGUUUAAAAGUUUACAAGAAUGAUGUACCCAAUCCCCUCACCACCUAGAUUUAAUGAUUGCUAACAUUUUGCCAUGCUUGUUUAAUCUGUCGUAAGUUCUUCUGUAUAACUGUAAGUCAUGGGGAUUAAAAGGAUAUAACCACGUGUCCAUAUAACACUUACAAAUUAGUAACUCUUUCAUAUCAUUGAAUAAUCUAUAUUAUUAUUGUUUGUCCAAGGAAAAGUCAUUUUACAGUUCUUUGGUUCAAAAGUCUAAACCAAUCGUCGUCCCUCUAUUCCUUUUGUGCAUUUGGGUGUUAGGUCUCUCCUUGGCUUCUAUUAUCCUGAACAGUCUCUCCAACCCACCCUA